CGCAACAGUAUAAAUAAUAGCUUCGCCACCACCAAACGACGACGUUUUGUAUCAAUUCAUCCCUCUCUCACACGCUCGGAAAUCUUCCCCAAAGGUCUGGUGAAAUUGCCGACAACUUUAUGGCUUCAUUCAAAACAUUUUUGAACAGUCCGGUUGGUCCGAAAACCACUCACUUUUGGGGUCCCAUAGCUAAUUGGGGUUUCGUUAUUGCUGGGCUAGUGGACAUGCAAAAGCCUCCAGAAAUGAUAUCUGGCAACAUGACUGCAGCAAUGUGCGUAUAUUCGGGAUUGUUCAUGAGGUUUGCUUGGAUGGUACAGCCUCGUAACUAUUUGUUACUAGCCUGUCAUGCUUCCAACGAGUCCGUGCAACUCUUCCAACUCUCCCGUUGGGCUAAGGCUCAAGGGUACUUGGGAGAGAAGAAAGACGAAGCCUUGUCUCAGUGAAGAGCCAAAUUCCUGCUUUUCAUUUUCCCCUUGCAUAAAAACAAGCCCUCUCAAUUUGAUACAUUUUGUUCUUGAUGUAAACUCGAAGACGCACUUUGUCAUUCGUAUUGGUUGCAAUGUUUGAUAAUUGUCCCAAUUCAUCACAAGAUGUUCAUCUA